AUGGAGUAUACCAAGGAACAAGAAACACUUACUCUGGAUAUCGUGGGCCAGAACAACCAUGCUUUUUAUGAGCUGCUCCGUGUAGAUAGUAAAGCUUCCGAUAAUGAGAUAAAGAAGGCUUACCGUAAACUAGCGGUGAAGCUACAUCCAGAUAAGAACAAGCAUCCUAGAGCCAGUGAAGCCUUCAAACGCAUCAACAGGGCUUUUGAAGUACUCAGCGAUGAGCAGAAAAGGCGUAUUUUCGACCAGAUUGGUCGGGACCCAGACGAAAGAGGGGCCCGUGAUCCCUCUGGCGCCAGCAGUGGUUUCGCCAAUAGUUCUGGGUUUUCACCCGAGGGAAUGUUUUUUAGACGAGCUCCAGCUGGUCCCCCUCAGGAUAUAUUUGAGUUUUUGUUCAAUUCACGAGCCGCAGGCGGCGGUCACCCAUUCAACUCUGCCUUUGGAGGCGGGCCAUUUGGCGCUGGACCGUUCGAUGGACCUUUUGGCGGCGGUACCACCUUUUCUUUUGGCGGACCUAGUGGAUUUAAAGUUUAUACUAAUGGAGGUCCCAGAACUCGUCACACUCAGCGAACUGCUGGAAAUGCUCAACAGCAAAAUCAGCAUCAACAGCAGGAGACAGAGCGCGAAGUCCAACAGAUUUUGAGGAUAUUACUACCCAUCCUGGUCAUUUUGUUAUUGCCAAUGCUCGAAAGGCUUCUAUUUGGGGCUUAA